AUGCAGAACGUCACAGUUGAGGAGAUCGCCGCGUGGCUUUGCGAGAAUCGGUGUCCCACAACGCUGCUGGAACUCUACAGCGAGUGGAAGACGGUUCACCAUAAGGCUCACGUCUUAUUUCUCGAAUUGGCGGCCGCGUGCGCUCCAGUGGAUAAGGUACCUGUUGGCUCCGAGGAUGUGACUAGCGUGGCUCUCAAUGAGGCAGUAGUGGACAUGCUUGUGGCUUACGGAAAACAGCAGGGAAAGGCGGCUCUCCGGGAAGCUGUUAAGCAGGCGACGGCGCAGGUUGCCUCCUCCGAUUUGUCGUUGGUGGACGACGAAAAAGACGAGUCUCGGCAACGUUGCCCUCCCAGUGCUCCUGUGGCAUCUGCCGUUGUGGAACACCAACCGUCUUUCCUCACAGAGGCCGUGAAGCGGGAAACUGGUAGUAGCAACGAUAGUGGGACUAAUAUGAUGUCUCCUUUUCACUUACGACUGCAGCAUGCAGAGGAGAGCUUGGAGCAGACGAUUACGGUGCUUUCAAAAGGACUGCCAACCCUUGUGAGUGCUGUGGAUCCCAUGCAGAAGGAUGUCCUGAUCCCUAUUAUUAGUCUUGCGGCAACCCUAAAUCGCACAAAGUCAGCCAAAGCUGCCGCCCGCCUUCAGCUUCUUACCCUUUACAGUCGUCCAAACCGCGAACAUCGGGCGGCGGUUGCAGAGGCAUGGGCAAUGACCUUGCGGAAUCUCCCGUCAUCUGUUUUGGAGUACGACAUUGUGCCAGAGCUGAUUAAUCUGGCAAAUGCAAAGUCUACAGAGCGGCACAUUUUGGCUCUAGAUUGUGUGAUGUGUGUCGCACCUCUCUUUGGGACGGGGCGACAUGCCCUGCGCAAAUCUAUUUGUCAAGGAUUAUUGCGGCCACUCAGUGAGGAUGAGGCCCGUGCAGUACGGUUUCAUGUGGUCCAGUGUAUUACCGAACUCUGGCCUAUUUAUCCCAAUGACGCUGAGGAAAAGGAAACGAGUCAUGCCGAUGUGAGUGAUUCGCUUUCGUGUUACGUUGAACUUAUUUUGCGCCUUGCUUUACACGACGUCAGUGGCACUGUGCGACGUUGUGCCCUCCGAAGUUUGCGUAACCAACUCCUGCUCCCAGUGUGUACGCCGUGUUUUGUGGCUCUUACACAAAUUGUUCCGUUACUCAUCUCAUGUCUCGAAAGGGAGUCCGCCGUGUUGGAAUGUGACGAUAUGCCGAUGCGGAAGGGUGCUUCCACGAGUGCGGUAAAAAGCCUUGAUGUUGUGGAGAGCGCUGUUGCCAGCAACGUCUUGACGUUGGCAAGCCUGAUUGAAGAUGUCCUUCGACAUGCACUUGAAUGUGUUACAGGUGAAAAAGGUGGAGUUGCAACGCUUCUGGAGGAGGCGUAUCUUCGUGUGGUACUGCCCUCUGCGUAUGCCUUAGUGAUGAUGAGUCACGAGCAAGGUACUUCAAAUGUGUCCAUUUGUGCCCUGGCAUCAGCGUUGGCGACGGUGGUUCCUGCCCUUUGCACAGAUCGAUGGUGCCAGGUACGUAAUUCACUUGAGGCGUUCAUCACACAAGGGAGCAUCGGUGACUGCAGUAGUACCGAGGUUUGGCGCAGCGCCGGGUGGCGUCAGCGGCAGUUGUGUUUCCUGUUUAUCUUCUUGACACGGCUCGCUGGUGGGACGGAGGCUGCCGGGACAUUGCCCUCUGUAGAUGUCGACAGCAUCGCGAAGGAGGCUUCUACGUGGCUGCGUGAGAUGUUGUUGGUGGAUGUGGUGGAUGAUGAAAGGGCGAAGAUGCAUGCAACGAAUCGGGAACAACGGGGAGAGGCGGGUGACACUGAACGUGCCAAUGAAUUGCACAGUACGGUGGUGCAGCGGUCGGAGGCGAGUGCGAGACUUGAUGCCUGUGCGACUUGCCUUGUUUGGUUUGCGACUCGCGUGGAUGACGGGAGCGGCAAUGCGGCGGCGGUCUCCUCCAUGUUAUGGUCCUUCACCGAGUCAUCGGAAGAGAGGCAACGGAUGCUUGCCGUUGCCCUCGUGGAACGUGUGAGUGGGCUGCCAAUGGAUGACAAGGUGCGAGAGACGAGUAUUUGGCCCUCGCUGCUGCUGCUCAUGAAUGACACCGUAUAUGAGGUGAAGGAGGCUGCCAUGAAGGCGACAGUUUCGAUGGUGAAGUUUGCCAGCACCCCGGCAGCGCAAGAGAAGCUGAUGGUCACCGUUGUUGCAAUAGUUGAGGCAGAGGGAUGCGCCUCGCGGUUAGGUGUGGCGUUCUUGCGUCACUGGUGUUUGCUGCUGCGUGAGAUGCCGGCAGAGCCACGCGAGUCCUUCCUGUACCCCCAGCUUGCCAACAUGAUCAAUCAGCUGAGUGACACAAUGCGUAGGAUGGAGGUGAGAUCAGCAAAGUUCACAGUGGCAGGAAGGGGAAGCAGCUCACCGCCCUCAGAACAACACAAACUGACGGAGGACGCGUUAGCGUCGGUUCUUGCAGUCUUGGAAACUAUCCCUCGCUGCGCGGUUGUGACACCACAGCUUGUGAAUAAGUACCUCAUCCCCAGCAUUCAGCUUCUGGGGUCCCUAAAAUCCCUCCCUGCAUCGAGCCGGUCUCAGCUGCUGAGCAUCACAAAGGAAUACACGGCGCUGCUGGAUUCCAGUAAAGGGCCCCGCAGUACGCCCAAUGUGCUUGACCGGCUGCGAAGUGAGUUGAAGAAGCGCCUUUAG